AUGGGGCCAGACGACUACGAUACUUCUUUACCACCGCCAAGCUACGAAGAGGCGGUACUGACACCCGUUCACACCGGUACCACCACCACCAAUACCGCCGUGCGACCCGCCAUGCCCCCGCCACAGCCACCUCCUCCUCCACGACCGUCACACUCCUCUCCUGCGUCGCAAUCUCCAGCCCAGUCGCAAUUGAAUGAUCUUUAUACUGCCAACUCCAAACUCCCGUUCCGAUACCCCAAGGGCUUCUUCUGCAACAAGUGCAGCAAUACCGGUUACCGUAAGCGAGGAAAGUAUUGCCACAACUGUUGGGACCAGUUUUACUUGAAGAAGCAUGCUUAUAAUCCAAACCCGGGGCUUGCGUUCAGGUAUCCACGGGGAUUUUAUUGUGAGCGGUGCAACAACACGGGAACAAAGGUUUCGAGUGGGCGGACGUGCCAGGACUGCUACGAGCGGUUUGCUCCGCGAAACAACUAUUCGAUGAUGUCCACCUCUGGUAGUGGUUUGUUGGGGUUACUUGAUCCGUUUGCAAGGACCACCACCACGUUCGCGGUGCCAGCGCCGGCCGGGGCGUACGGGGCGCCGCAAGCGUACGGGCCCCCCGGUGGGUAUAUGUCAGGGCCGCCACCACCACCGCUACGAGUGCUACCAGGUGAUCCUCGUCUUGGGGGAGUGUUGUGUGGGCGGUGUCGGGGAUCAGGCUUAGUGCACUUUUUCUUGGACGAGGAAAUGUGUCCCGUGUGUGGGGGUAUGGGCAGGAUAUUGAAUGUCAGACAAUGA